CUGGAUCUGUGGGCGGGGGGGGGCGGCCGGGGGCGGGCAUGGGGCUGGCGCGCUGGACUGCGCUAGGCCGCCUAGCGGGGUCGGUGCUCAGUGGCGCGGCUGUUCGUCAGUGUGGAGCGGCAGCAGCGAGCCGGCGAUCUGAAGGAGGAGCACGAGGGUGGGCGCGUGACGGGGUCCGCGGUUUCCGCAGCGUCGCCGCAACUAUGGCCCCGAUUAAGGUGGGCGAUGCCAUCCCCUCUGUGGAGGUGUUUGAAGGGGAGCCUGGGAACAAGGUGAACCUGGCAGAGCUGUUCAAGGGCAAGAAGGGUGUGCUGUUUGGAGUCCCUGGCGCUUUUACCCCUGGGUGUUCCAAGACCCACCUUCCAGGGUUUGUGGAGCAGGCCGAGGCUCUGAAGGCCAAGGGGGUGCAGGUGGUGGCAUGUCUGAGUGUUAAUGAUGUCUUUGUGACUGGAGAGUGGGGUAAAGCCCACAAAGCAGAAGGCAAGAUUCGACUCCUGGCUGAUCCCACUGGGGCCUUUGGAAAGGAGACAGAUUUAUUACUGGACAAUUCACUGGUACCCCUCUUCGGGAAUCGCCGGCUCAAGAGGUUCUCGAUGGUGAUAGAGGAUGGUGUGGUAAAGACCCUGAAUGUGGAGCCAGAUGGCACAGGCCUCACCUGCAGCCUGGCCCCCAACAUCCUCUCGCAGCUCUGAGGCCGUGGGGCAGACAUUCCCUCUGCCCUUUCCUGUCACAUCUGCCCAGCCUGGACAGAAGGCCCUGGCCCUGCCUCAGCUUCAGCCAUAUGAUUGGAGGGCUGGUCAUGUUUCUGCAAUUAAACACUUCUGGUUCUCAUCUGU